AUGCUGUUUCCAUGCAGGGGUUCCCAGUCAGAGAUCACUUUUAGUUGUAAAGAGCUUUACUCUGGCGAUUACAAACACCUGGCCAUCAAACUCCCGGCCAUCAAACCCCCGGCCAUCAAACCCCCGGCCAUCAAACUCCCGGCCAUUAAACCCCCGGCCAUCAAACCCCCGGCCAUCAAACUCCCGGCCAUCAAACCCCCGGCCAUCAAACCCCCGGCCAUCAAAAUUCCGGCCAUCAAACUCCCGGCCAUUAAACCCCCGGCCAUCAAACUCCCGGCCAUUAAACCCCUGGCCAUCAAACCCCCGGCCAUCAAACUCCCGGCCAUCAAACCCCCGGCCAUCAAACACCUGGCCAUCAAACUUCCGGCCAUCAAACCCCCGGCCAUCAAACACCUGGCCAUCAAACUUCCGGCCAUCAAACCCCUGGCCAUCAAACACCUGGCCAUCAAACUUCCGGCCAUCAAACCGCCGGCCAUCAAACUCCCGGCCUUAAAACUUCCGGCCAAUAAACCCCCGGCCAUCAAACUCCCGGCCAUCAAACUCCCGGCCUUAAAACUUCCGGCCAUCAAACCCCCGGCCAUCAAACUCCCGGCCAUUAAACCCCCGGGCCUUCAAACCCCGGGCCUUCAAACCCCUACCAUAAGUCACCCGGCCAUCAAACCCCCGGCCAUCAAACUCCCGGCCAUCAAACUCCCGGCCUUAAAACUUCCGGCCAUCAAACCCCCGGCCAUCAAACUCCCGGCCAUUAAACCCCCGGGCCUUCAAACCCCGGGCCUUCAAACCCCUACCAUCAAACCCCCGGCCAUCAAACUCCCGGCCUUAAAACUCCCGGCCAUUAAACCCCCGGGCCUUCAAACCCCGGCCAUAAGUCACCCGGCCAUUAAACUCCCGGCCUUCAAACCCCCGGCCAUCAAAUCCCCGGCCAUAAGUCACCCGGUCAUUAAACUCCCGGCCAUCAAACCCCCGGCCUUUAAUUACCCGGCCAUCAACCUCCCGGCCAUUAAACCCCUUGUCAUCAAUCCCCAAGCAAUCAAAUCCCCGGCCAUCAAACUUCCGGCCAUCAACCUCCCGGCCAUUAAACCCCCGGCCAUUAAACCCCCGGCCAUCAGUCUCCCGGCCAUCAGUCUCCCAGCCAUUAAACCCCCGGCCAUGAAACUCCCGGCCAUUAAAUCCCUGGCCAUCAAACCCCCGGCCAUUAAACCCCCGGCCAUUAAACCCCAGGACUUCAAACCCCCGGUCAAUAAUCACCCGGCCAUCAAACCCCAGGCCAUCAAACCCUCGGCCAUCAAACUUCCGGCCAUCAAACUCCCGGCCUUCAAUCUCCCGGCCAUUAAGCCCCUGGCCUUCAUUCUCCCGGCCAUUAAACCCCUGGCCUUCAACCUCCCGGCCAUUAAACCCCAGGCCAUCAACCUCCCGGCCAUUAAACCCCUGGCCAUCAAACUCCCGGCCAUUAAACCCCCAGCCAUCAAACUCCCGGCCAUUAAACCCCCAGCCAUCAAACCCCCGCCAUCAAACUUCUGGCCAUCAACCUCCCGGCCAUCAAACUCCCGGCUAUUAAACCCCUGGCCAUCAAACUCCCGGCCAUUAAACCCCCAGCCAUCAAACCCCCGGCAAUCAAACACCCGGCCAUUAAACCCCCAGCCAUCAAACCCCCGGCAAUCAAACACCCGGCCAUUAAACACCCAGCCAUAA